GUAUGUGGACCUCCAUUUGUUCUCUUGCCCUUGAGCCUUCCAGUAUCAGUGGUGGAUCUGGCCUCAGCAACCUUCCUGUGCAGAGGUGUUGAGGACAAAGUUAAUAGUGAUGUGAUGAUCACCGACAACAAUGGUGCACUCAAGUUUUCACAAUUGUGUAAAUUCUGUGACGUGAGAUCUUCCACCUGUGACAACCAGAAAUCGUGCAGGAGCAACUGCAGUAUCACAUCCAUCUGUGAGAAGCCCAAUGAAGUGUGUGUGGCCGUCUGGAGGAAAAACGAUGAGAACAUAACACUAGAGACGGUCUGCCACGACCCCGCGCUCGUCUACCAUGGGUUUGUUCUUGAAGAUGCCGCUUCUCCGAAGUGUAUUAUGAAAGAGAAGAAAGUGGAUGGCGAGACUUUCUUCAUGUGUUCCUGUAACACGGAUGAGUGCAAUGACCACAUCAUCUUUUCAGAGGAAUAUUCCACCAACAACCCUGACUUAUUGUUAGUCAUAUUCCAAGUGACAGGCGUCAGCCUCCUGCCACCACUGGUCAUCGCCAUCGCCGUCAUCAUCAUCUUCUACUGCUACCGUGUCCACCGGAAGCAGAAGCUGACCCCGUCCUGGGAGACCAGCAAGCCACGGAAGCUCAUGGACCUCAGUGAGCGCCUGGCCAUCAUCAUAGAAGAUGACCGCUCCGACAUCAGCUCCACGUGUGCCAACAACAUCAACCACAACACGGAGCUGCUGCCCAUUGAGCUGGACACCCUGGUGGGGAAAGGUCGCUUUGCCGAGGUCUACAAGGCCAAGCUGAAGCAGAACACUUCAGAGCAGUUCGAGACCGUGGCAGUCAAGAUCUUCCCUUAUGAGGAGUAUGCCUCCUGGAAGAUGGAGAAAGACAUCUUCUCGGACAUCAACCUGAAGCACGAGAACAUCCUCCAGUUCCUGACGGCUGAGGAGCGGAAGACGGAGUUGGGGAAGCAGUACUGGCUGAUCACUGCUUUCCAUGCCAAGGGCAACCUACAGGAGUAUCUCACGAGACACGUCAUCAGCUGGGAGGACCUGUGCAAGCUGGGCAGCUCCCUGGCCAGGGGCAUAGCUCACCUGCACAGUGACCACACCCUGUGCGGGAGGCCCAAGAUGCCCAUCGUGCACAGGGACCUCAAGAGCUCCAAUAUCCUGGUGAAGAACGACCUGACCUGCUGCCUGUGUGACUUUGGGCUUUCCCUGCGUCUGGACCCCACUCUGUCUGUGGAUGACUUGGCCAACAGUGGGCAGGUGGGAACUGCAAGAUACAUGGCCCCGGAAGUCUUAGAGUCCAGGAUGAACUUGGAGAAUGUCGAGUCCUUCAAGCAGACAGAUGUCUACUCCAUGGCUCUGGUGCUCUGGGAGAUGACGUCCCGCUGCAAUGCGGUGGGAGAAGUGAAAGAGUAUGAGCCUCCAUUUGGUUCCAAGGUGCGGGAGCAUCCCUGUGUCGAAAGCAUGAAGGACAAUGUGUUGAGAGAUCGGGGACGACCGGAAAUUCCUAGCUCCUGGCUCAACCACCAGGGCAUCCAGAUGGUGUGUGAGACUCUGACUGAGUGCUGGGACCACGACCCAGAAGCCCGGCUCACGGCCCAGUGUGUGGCCGAGCGCUUCAGCGAGCUGGAGCACCUGGACAGACUCUCGGGGAGGAGCUGCUCCGAGGAGAAGAUUCCCGAAGAUGGCUCGCUGGGCACCACCAAAUAGCUCUUCCAGGGCAGGCUGGGCCAAGUCCAAAGAACUAAGCCGACAGAUGCUUCCUGGAAAACCAGGGCUCACUCCCCUCCCUGGAAGCGAUGGGACUGAGCAGAAACAGCUGGCCGGGGUGGGUGACAUGAAGCAUUCUAUCCCUUUGACGUUGUCAUAGGAUAAGCUGUGUUAGCAGUUCCUCAGGAAAUGAGAUUGACUUUUACAAUAGCUAAUAACAUUUGCACUUUAUUAAUGCCUGUAUAUAAAUAUGGAAUAGCUAUGUUUUAUAUAUAUAUCUAUAUAUGUCUAUAUCUAUAUAUACAGCCAUACUCUGGAAAGAGAUAAAGAAAAAGAUCUAGUAUUCCCAGGAAAAUGGUUUGAUUGGAGAGCUCCAGAGCUGAGCACAGAAGAAGGGAUCCAUGACAACAUUAGCACUUGACAAUCAUACGCGGGAUGGGUGGUUCUCUGACUACAUGGGGGGAGGGUGGGGCUGGCAUUAGGAGAGAGGCUCCGUGUCCCACAGUCUGCUAUGGCCACGAUGCACUCGCUUCUGCAAAAUCAUUCCCUGUGUGUGGGCCCUCAUCUGUCCAUGGAGCUACUUAAGAGCCCCACUGUUUGGGGACCAGAUCCUGGGGCUCCUUGUGCCAUUGGACUGUUCACUUGAGCUUCAGGCCCCACAUCUGGCUUGUGAACCACCUUCUUCAACUAGUGCAGAAAUGUGGUCCCAUCUCGAAUAGUUUAUAUAUUCUCGAGUCCCAUUUUUGCCUUCAAUGGCUGCAGAAAAGUCAGGACAAAAUUCCUUGUCCAUGAAAUUGCUAUGCCUUCUACUAAUAUGAAAAUAUAUAUAUAUAUUUUAUCCCCCCCCCAUACCUAUAUUACUCUUGUUCACUCCCAGCCCUCUCCCUUUCCUAAAAAGGAUCAAAUCUCCCCAGAGUUCCUUGUGUUUAAUUUUUCAACACGCUUGGUGUGAGUCUCCAGCUUUCUAAGCAACACCAAUAGCUUGUGUCUCCUGGGCUCCUGAGUGCUCAAGUGUAUCUUGGUCUGGUGCAAAGGAUUUGAGCUGCGAUCCUGCCCCAGUCGGGACUGCUUCCUCGGGCACUCUGAACACGUGUUUUGCUUGGCCAGCGCUGCGUUUCACAAAAUUGAGCCAGUUUUUAAAUAUUUGGAGAUUUUACACAUACACACACAAUCUGGAUCCUCAAGUGAGAAUAGAUAGCAGAUGGUUUUCAGUUCUCUCGGACCCACAUCAUUCACAAAAUGAAGGUGUGGACGCACGUAUAAAGCUGCUUCACUUCUUGAUGUAAACAUUUGCGCUUUCUGCCCACCCCCGCCCCGCCCUGAACCAAGGCCCCCUGUAAGGGAUGUGCAUGCAAGCAUCAUUCCCUGGCUGUGUACUAUGACCGAUUCCCUCACUCUCCCCAUCUGGUGUUAAGAUUUGAAGUUGGCCUUUUUGGACUAAAGCGGACCUCCUCUGAGAGGUCUGGGUAGCCCAGGUCUCUCUUGUCUCUAUAUUAAGAGUUUCCUUCCCCUCUGUAUUAUGGAGGGGAGUCCUUUCCUCUAAGAAGCUUUCUUCAUGAUCUUAUCACACCAGCCUUCCCAACAUAGCAGAUUCUCCUAGUGAGGAUUCAAGGGUGGGACACAGGAAUCCUGUUUGAAGUUAGGAAAUCCGCAUGGAUGAGAACAAAAUGAGCUUUAAUACUCCAUAGGAAACUUGUUUUUUCACAAACAAGUGUCAAUGCUGCAAAUAAUCUUUUUUUUUUAAAGCUACUUAUUUUCUGCCAAAUAUAGGAAUGUUAGAGACUUCACAGUGAGCAAAGCAGCUCUGUGGAUUUUGGAUGAUCUCAUCUCAUUGGGGUUUUAGCAGACAUACUGAAGUUUGGAGUAGGUGGAACUUCUAGGCACCCUGUCCCGUGGGGGGGGGGGGGGGGGGAGGGAAGAGGGAGAGGGAGUAUGAGGGGCUGAAACUUGAGGACAGGUUGGCUACAAUACAUGGGAAGUGCCCAGAAAUUCCGAGCACUUUAAGGCUUGUUGACACCGCCCAAUAGCUGUUGCUCAUUGACCUCUAGUGGUGAAUUUCUAGAAUACUGGUCCAUUAACGAUUCCAAAGAGCUUUAUCACUUCUGGGUCAUCAUCAGCAUAAACUGGAAUGUAGAAUCAGAUGAUACUGUGGCUUGAUUUGUUUAUGUGUUUUUUUUCUUAUUCAAGAAGAAGACCAAGGAAUAAUCUGUAGUUCCUAAAAAUACUGACUUUUUUUUUUUACUAUUCCACAUAAAGGGAAAGUUUUAUUCUUUUAUGGAACACUUCAGCCAUACUCAAUGUAUUAAAAUAGGAAUGUGAAUGCUAUAUACUCUUUUUAUAUCAAAUGUCUCAAGCACUUAUUUUCAUACUGUGCAUCGUUCGUCUUUUAUAUAAAUAAAAUGUUUAUUAGAUUGAAUAAAGAGAAAGUACUCAGGUCA